UUCGACGGCUACUACUUCGAGCGUCCCGACAUACUGAAGGGCUCCCAUGAUUCCCUCAGGCAGGCGCACACCAACAGCAGUCUUCAGAGCCUGCACGCCAGUCUCGACGACAGGCCUAAUUGCGCAAGGCUAAAGGCGAAGGGAGACACAGUUUACCUAAAGUAUCUCAUAGUCCAUAGCGCCUUCGAGAUCAAGACGAAAGCUAUGAAGCAACUUCAGAUCAUGUACGAGAUGCGCCACGAGAACAUCAAUUCCUUCCUGGGUUGCCUGGCGGACCCGUCACAGCCGGCGCUCGUGUGGGAGAUGUGCACGAGAGGCUCGCUCACCGACGUGUUGGCCAGCGAAGACAUCCGCCUGGACUGGACAUUCCGCCUGUCGCUGCUCAACGACCUUGUUAAGGGUAUGAGGUACCUGCACAACUCACCAAUAAGACAACAUGGACACCUGACGUCACGUAAUUGCGUCAUCGACUCUCGCUGGGUGCUCAAAAUCACCGACUACGGCAUGCCCGCUUUCCAGGAUCUUCAGGCCAUCGCAACGCUAGUAAGAUCGGCCAAAGACUUGCUGUGGACGGCGCCCGAGCUGCUCCGCGGAGACUGCUCGCUGCUGCGUCGUGGCACUCAGGCCGGCGAUGUGUACAGCUUUGCCAUCGUGAUGCAGGAGGUGUUGCUCAGGGGAGACCCCUACUGCAUGCUGCCCCUAACGGCUGAAGAGAUCAUAGAAAAGCUGAAGCACCCGCCGCCUCUCAUCAGGCCAUCAGUGUCAAAGCAAACUGCCCCACCCGAAGCCCUGCACAUAAUGCGUCAAUGCUGGGCCGAGUCUCCCGACAUGCGGCCUGACUUCGACGUCAUCGCGGACCGCUUCAAGUCGUUGUAUCACGGAAGGAAAGCAAACAUUGUCGAAACAAUGUUUCAAAUGCUAGAAAAGUACUCCAACAACCUCGAAGACCUCAUCAGGGAGCGGACAGUGCAGCUGGAUGAAGAGAAGAAAAAGACCGAACACCUCCUCAACAGAAUGCUGCCGAGCUCCGUGGCAGAGACUCUCAAGGCGGGCCUGCCCGUGGUUCCAGAGAAGUUCGAGGAAGUGACCGUUUACUUCAGCGAUAUCGUCGGCUUCACGACCAUAUCGGCGUACAGCGAACCGAUGGAGAUCGUAGACUUUUUGAACGACCUCUACACCGCUUUCGAUUCUACUAUCAAUCACUACAACGUCUACAAGGUGGAGACCAUCGGUGACGCGUACAUGGUGGUAGGCGGGCUCCCCGAGCGCAACCGAGACCACGCCGAGCAGGUGGCCACCAUGGCUCUCGACCUCCUGCACCUCUGCGGCCGCUUUCGCAUCCGGCACAUGCCCAACGUGCCUCUCAUGCUGCGCAUCGGACUGCACACAGGAGCUGUCGUAGCCGGAGUGGUGGGCCUUACCAUGCCACGAUACUGCCUCUUUGGUGACACCGUUAACACGGCGUCCAGGAUGGAGUCUACGGGAAGAGCAUACCGUAUUCACAUCAGCAAGACAACGGAGAAGAAGCUCCGACAAGCCGGUGGUUACAUUGUGAAGUACAGAGGAGAGAUUGUGCUCAAAGGCCGCGGGAGACAGCCGACUUACUGGCUGAUAGGAAAACAAGGCUUCAACAAAGCUCUGCCCGAGCCUCCUCAGGACGAAGAAAACGAAAUGAAAAGAGUAACGUAUCUUUUCUUGCUAUUUUGCUGCCAGCUGGAACAACCACGGAUUCAAGGACGAAGAGAUAUUCAAGGCACUGGGUCGCAAGAAAGCUGACGACAUCCUCGACGCUCCGGCGUCACCACUGUCCCCGUAUGGCAACAAGACGGCCGUCGGCGGCUACGGCGGCGACGGCUCCGCAGGAGCCGGCAUCUCGGCUUCCUUACCCGACAGGGACGACGCUCGCGCGGCACGAACUUCCGUCGCGUCGGCGCAGGAGUUCGGUCUACCGGACAGUCUGAGCCCGUGCCUGAGUCCCGUCAGUCCUAGUCACUCGUGGCACGCCAUGCCGGACUCCUGGAACUGCGAGUCGAGAAAGACCGCUACCGACUCCUCCGUAGGAGCUGCCACGUUGGCCGCAGCGGCGACCGGAGUCGGUGGCUUGGGGGCGGGUCUCAAGAAGAGUAACAAGGUGGCCGCCAAGGAGUCCGAGCCCGCGGUCCAGCCGUCGUGGCGAGAGAACGACGUCGCCGCCGUCGACGACCCUAGCGUGGUGCCUCCUGGAAUUGGUGGCGGUGCCGUAUGUGGUGGUGGUGUCGUCGGAGGCGGCAAAGACUCCUCCGAGGAGCGGUCUUCGUGGCCAGCCACGAGAAACUCGUCGCCUUCUCAGUCUUCGUGGCUCAGGCACAGCUGCAGCUCUUUGAGACAGCUGUCAUCUCCCAGUGACACGGAACAUGUGUGACAGUCCCUCCAUGCGGCGUGUGUGCUCG